AGCCACUUUUUGAAGGACGAGUGAGCGGCUUCGACCCUGUUGGAACUUGUAUUGCCUAAAUGUGCCACUUGGUUGGUAUAAAUUUAGCCCACAUUUGUGCAUUUGGUUUCCAAGAAUGCAUGACCUGCUCCACAAUUAGUUGGGCUCCGGGUAUCUCAAGACCUUUCUUCUUCCGCACUUCAACCAAACAUCUAGCCCGAAUAUUCUUGUCUAUGUGCCAAAGACAUAGUAAAUGCCUAGAUGAUGGAAACAUGACACUAACAGUCUCGACCAAUCCUCCUGCCUUAUCACUGACUAUCGCAUGUGGAGUGAUAGAUCCAAGAAUGAAUUGCAAGUGCCUCAAAAUCCACUCGUAGGACUCCUUUGUCUCAUCGUACACUAAAGCAGAUGCAAUGACGAAGUUCAGGCCCACCGGUGUCAUGCCAACAAUCUCAACCCACGGAUACUCAUACUUAUUGGUCUUGUAUGUUGCAUCUAUCACAAUGACAUGGUGCCAAGCUCGUAACAUUUCAAUCGAAACAGGAUGCGCUAGAAACAAAUGGGUAAGCAAGUUACCUUCCUCCAUAUAAUGUACAUAAUAGUUCUUCUUUCGAGCAUCGUGAAAGGUGAACUGCAAGGCUGUCAUCUCACC